CCGGAAUUGACGUUAUACACGUGUAGCAUGAUGGUGGCUAGCAGCAGCUGAGAGAAGCCACAGAAAAUAUUAUUUGUGAUACCAGGUUGUUAAUUGCAAUUUUGCAUGUUUAUUAAAAAGUCCUUCCCUAAACGUGAAAUCACUCAAAUUCUGGUGAGUGGGUCUUUUACGCUACAUUAGCUGUAGUUGCUUCCCCCUCUUUUUGCAUGCUAACGUGUAACGUUACCUCUCUAGGUCAUGGGUAACGUUAACUUAUAUGUAUGUUUCAUUGAUCAUCAUUUAGCUAGCUAUGUAUGAUAUCUUCAGACAGUUUUUUAAAAGUCAGCAUACAUAACACGUUACGGAAAAGUAUAGCUAUACAUGUCUUGCAAUUAUGAAGAUGUAGCUAGCAAGCUAGCUAGUUGUGCUGCGUUCAUAACCAUGUGGGAAGGUGGUAAUUCCAAGUUGUGAAGUGUUAAAUACCAGUAGGAUGCAUUAAUGUGCUUUGUUUGAACUCGUUGAGAAAUGCCGAUUGUCUAAUGGUCAACAAGCUGCGUCAACCAUAAAGUAAAAGUACAGCUGUCAUGCUUGUAAACAAAUGAUAGUGUUCAAAAAACAUAUUAAUAGAAUGAUUUUUAUAAAUAAUGUUUUGUUGCAUUUAACUGCCGAAAAUGCUGUUAUUGAGAGAAUUUCCUUAGUAGUUUACGUCAGAGGUCAGCAUGUGGGAGAAGUCGGAGCUCGUGAUGUGGCGCAGCGGUCUAAGGCACUGCAUCUCAGUGCUAGAGGCGUCACUACAGACCCUGGUUCGAUUCCAGGCUGUAUCACAAUGUGGUUGGGAGUCCCAUAUGGCGGCGCUUAAUUGGCCCAGAGUCGUCCGGGUUUGGCCGGGGUAGGCCGUCAUUGUAAAUAAGAAUUUGUUCUUAACUGACUUGCCUAGUUAAAUAAGGGUUAAAUAAAAAAAUAAAAGAUGCGUUUCCCACUAAUAAUUACCAGUUGGAUGGGUGUGAAAGUGGAUUUUUCCCAUUCGUAUGUGGUAAAUACCACCUUCCCACUUGGUUAUGAACACAGCAUUAUUCACUAGGAUAUUCGCUCUAGAAAGUGUGUGGGUGCGGUUCCAAUGUAUGGUAGUGGUCACCAAUCCUGUCCCUGUAGAGCUACAUCCAGGGUGUGCACUGUGCUGGCUUUUGUUUCAACCCAACACUACCACACCUGAUUGAACUUCUCAACAGAGCUUCAACAGUAGAACUUAUGUAGCUAGAUGUUGUUUAACGCUUCACCUGGCUGUCCUGUCAGGGGAGUCAUGGUGACAAAGAAGAAAACUGUGAAAGUGGAGGCUGUGGUCUUGGACAAGGACAGGCUUGACAAGUUGAUAGGUGAGAGGAUGGAUUUUGUGUUAGCUACUGAUUAUUGUAAGUGUGUUGGUGGUUUUUCUGCUGUGUAAAGUGAUUAUCUGUGUGUGUGUGUUUCAGCGUCUCUCUCUGUGGAUGGAGGAGAUGAAGUGAUCAGACAGCUAGCCCAGACCUUGCAGGACUGUCUGGCGUUGACUGACCCAGUGCAGCAGAUCCAACUGGUCAAGAAGGUUGGUGUCCAUUCUCACUCUCAUUACCUCAACUAACUGAUAGUGUUUGGUAUUUUAGAUUUGGGUCACACCUAUGAUCGGGACGAUAACAAUUUUGCGAUGCUCGUUAGUAUCGUGGCAAGGAAACAAAACACAAAGCGGAUUUAACUUAUUUAGGAAAACAGCCCAAAUGUUGUAAACAGACAUCAUUAUCCAGUCACAUUUAUCCAAUCAAAUGUUAUUUGUCACAUGUUUCAUAAACAACAGGUGUAACAAUGCAGAUAAAAAGAGAUGAAUAACAAAAAAAUAAUACCACGAGGAAUAAAUACACAAUGAGUAACGAUAGCUUGGCUAUAUACACAGCGUACCAGUACCGAGUCAAGGUGCAGGGGUACAAGGUAAUGGAGCUUGAUAUGUACAGUGCAUUCAGAAAGUAAUCAGACCCCCUUGACUUUUUCCACAUUUUGUUACAUCCUAAUUCUAAAAUUGAUUAAAUAAAUGUUUUUCCUCAUCAAUCUACACACAAUACCCCAUAAUGACAAAGCGAAAACAGGUUUUUAGUAAUUGUUGCUAUUUUAUUACAAAUAAAAAACAGAAAUACCUUAUUUACAUGAAUAUUCAGACCUUUUGCUAUGAGACUCGAAAUUGAGCUCUGGUGCAUCCUGUUUUCAUUGAUCAUCCUUGGGAUGUUUCUACAACUUGAUUGGAGUCUACCUGUGAUAAAUUCAAUUGAUUGGACAUGAUUCGGAAAGGCACACACCUGUCUAUAUAAGGUCCCACAGUUGACAGUGCAUGUCAGAGCAAAAACCAAGCCAUGAGGUCGAAGGAAUUGUCCGUAGAGCUCCUAGACAGGAUUGUAUCGAGGCACAGAUCUGGGGAAGGGUACCAAAACAUUUCUGCAGUAUUGAAGGUCCCCAAGAACACAGUGGCCUCCAUCAUUCUUAAAUGGAAGAAGUUUGGAACCACCAAGACUCUUCCUAGAGAUGGCCGCCCGGCCAAACUGAGCAAUCGGGGGAGAAGGGCCUUGGUCAGGGAGGUGACCAAGAACCCAAUGGUCCCUCUGAGGAGAUGGGGAAACCUUCCAGAAGGACAACCAUCUCUGCAGCACCCCACCAAUCAGGCCUUUAUGGUAGAGUGGCCAGACGGAAGCCACUCCUCAGUAAAAGGCACAUGACAGCCCGCUUGGAGUUUGCCGAAAAGCACCUAAAGGACUCUGACCAUGUGAAACCAGAUUCUCUGUCAGAGGAAGGCCCUACAAAUUGCCAGACUCCAGCCACCCUCGUCAUAGACUGCUCUCUCUGGUACCGCAUGGCAAGCAGUACCGGAGCACCGAGUCUAGGUCCAAAAGUCUUCUUAACAGCUUCUACCCCCAAGCCAUAAGACUGCUGAACAGCUAAUCAUGGCUACCUGGACACUGAUGCUACUCGCUGUUUAUUAUCUAUGCAUAGUCACUUUACCCCUACCUACAUGUACAUAUUACCUCAAUUACGUCAACUAACCUGUACCCCUGCACAUUGACUCUGUACCGGUACCCCCUGUAUAUAGAAUUGUUAUUGUUAUGUUAUUGUUGCUCUUUUAUUUUUUAAACUUUAUAUUUACUAAAUAAAUUAUUCUUAACUCUUUUAUUUUUCUUAACUGCAUUGUUGGUUAAAGGCUUGUAAGUAAGCACUUCACGGUAAGGUCUACACCUGUUGUAUUCGGCGCAUGUGACAAAUACAAUUUGAUUUGAUGAAACCAAGAUUGAACUCUUUGACCUGAAUGCCAAGCGUCAAGUCUGGAGGAAACCUGGCACCCUACGGUGAAGCAUGGUGGUGGCAGCCUCCUUGCUCGCACACGCUUUUUCAGUUCUGCCUACACAUUUUCUAUAGGAUUGAGGUCAGGGCUUUGUGAUGGCCACUCCAAUACCUUGACUUUGUUGUCCUUAAGCCAUUUUGCCACAACUUUGGAAGUAUGCUUGGGGUCAUUGUCCAUUUGGAAGACCCAUUUGCGACCAAGCUUUAACUUCCUGACUGAUGUCUUGAGAUGUUGCUUCAAUAUAUCCACAUCAUUUUCCUUCCUCAUGAUGCAAUCUAUUUUGUGUAGUGCACCAGUCCCUCCUGCAGCAAAGCACCCCCACAGCAUGAUACUGCCACCCCCGUGCUUCACGGUUGGGAUGGUGUUCUUCGGCUUGCAAGCUUUCCCCUUUUUCCUCCAAACAUAAGAAUGGUCAUUAUGGCCAAACAGUUUUAUUUUUGUUUCAUCAGACCAGAGGACAUUUCUCCAAAAAAUACGAUCUUUGUCCCCAUGUGCAGUUGCAAACCGUAUUCUGGCUUUUUUAUGGCGGUUUUGGAGCAGUGGCUUCUUCCUUGCUGAGCGGCCUUUCAGGUUAUGUCGAUAUAGGACUCGUUUUACUGUGGAUAUAGAUACUUUUGUACCUGUUUCCUGCAGCAUCUUCACAAGGUCCUUUGCUGUUGUUCUGGGAUUUAUUUGCACUUUUCGCACCAAAGUACGUUCAUCUCUAGGAGACAGAACGCGUCUCCUUCCUGAGCGGUAUGACGACUGCGUGGUCCCAUGGUGUUUAUACUUGCGUACUAUUGUUUGUACAGAUGAACGUGGUACCUUCAGGCGUUUGGAAAUUGCUCCCAAGGAUGAAUCAGACUUUUGGAGGUCUACAAUGUUCUUUCUGAGGUCUUGGCUGAUUUUCUUUAGAUUUUCCCAUGAUGUCAAGCAAAGAGGCACUGAGUUUGAAGGUAGGCCUUGAAAUACAUCCACAGGUACACCUCCAAUUGACUCAAAUUAUGUCAAUUUGCCUAUCAGAAGCUUCUAAAGCCAUGACAUAAUUUUCUGGAUUAUUCCAAGCUGUUUAUAGGCACAGUCAACUUAGUGUAUGUAAACUUCUGACCCACUGGAAUUGUGAUACAGUGAAUUAUAAGUGAAAUAAUCUGUCUUUAAACAAUUGUUGGUAAAUUACUUGUGUCAUUCACAAAUUAAUGUCCUAACUGACUUGCCAAAACUAUAGUUUGAUAAAAAAAUAUAUUUGUGGAGUGGUUGAAAAACGAGUUAUAAUGACUCCAACCUAAGUGUAUGUAAACUUCCGACUUCAACUGUAGGUAGGUAUAAAGUCACUAGGCAAAAACGUGGGAUUCAAAUUGAUUUAAUUGUCAUCUUUUGUCAACGAUCUACACAAAAUACUCUGUCAAAGUGGAAGAAAAAUUCCAACAUUUGUAAAAGAUUAGAUAAGUGUUCAACCCCCUGAGUCAAUACAUGUAAUCACCUUUUGCAGCAAUUACAGCUUUUAGUCUUUCUGGGUAUCUCUUAAGAGCUUUCCACACCUGCAUUGUGCAACAUUUGCCCAUUAUUCUUUUCAAAAUUCUUCAAGCUCUGUCAGAUUGGUUGUUGAUCAUUGCUAGACAACCAUUUUCAGGUCUUGCGCUAGAUUUUCAAGCAGAUUUUAAGUAAUAACCGUAACUAGGCCACUCAGGAACCUUCACUGUCUUCUUGAUAAGCAAUUCCAGUGUAGAUUUGGUCUUGUGUUUUAGGUUAUUUUCCAGCUGAAAGGUGAAUUAAUCUCCCAGUGUCUGGUGGAAAGCAGACUGAACCAGGUUUUCCUCUAGGAUUUUCCUGUGCUUAACUCCAAUCCGUUUCUUUUUUAUCCUGAAUAACUCCCCAGUCCUUAGCGAUUACCAGUAUACCCAUAACAUGAUGCAGCCACCACUAUGCUUGAAAAUAUGGAGAGUGGUACUCGGUAAUGUGUUGUAUUGAUUGUUUUUAGUGCCUUGUUGCAAACAGGAUGCAUGUUUUGUAAUAUAUUUUUUUCUACAGGCUUCCUUCUUUUCACUUUGUCAAUUAGGUUACUAUUGUGGAGUAACUACAAUGUUGUUGAUCGCUGCUCAGAUAAUUGUGUGUGUGACGUACAGAGAUGAGGUAAUCAUUAAAAAAUCAUGUUAAACACUAUUCUUGCACAGAGUGAGUCCAUGCAACUUAUGUGACUUGUUAAGCACAUUGAAUACUUAUUGACUCAAGACAUUCCAGCUUUUCCUUUUUUAUUCAAAAUGUGUAAAAAGAUAAUUCCACUUCGUACAUUAUGUGGUAUUGUGUUUAGGCCAGUGACAAACAUAUCUCAAUUUAAUCCAUUUUACAUUCAGGCUGUAACAACAAAAUGUGGAAAGAGUCAAGGGGUGUGAAUACUUUCUUUAGGCACUGUAACUAUACUGAACAAAAAUAUAAACGCAACAUGUAAAGUGUUUGUCCGAUGUUUCAUGAGCUGAAAUAAAAGAUCCCAGAAAUGUUCCAUAUGCACAAGAAGCUUAUUUCUAAAAAAUGUUGUGCAUAAAUUUGUUUACAUCCCUGUUAGUGAGCAUUUCUCCAUUGCCAAGAUAAUCCAUCCACCUGACAGGUGUUGCAUAUCAAGAAGCUGAUUAAACAGUAAGAUCAUUACACAGGUGCACCUUGUGCUGGGGACAAUAAAAGGCCUCUUUAAAAUGUGUAGUUUUGUCACACAAUACAAUGCCACAGAUGUCUCAAGUGUUGAGGGAGCGUGCAAUUGGCAUGCUGACUGCAGGAAUGUCCACCAGAGCUGUUGCCAGAGAAUUGAAUGUUCAAUUCUCUACCAUAAGCCUCCAACGUUGUUUUAGAGAACGUCCAACCGGCCUCACAACCGCAGGCCACGUGUAUGGCGUCGUGUGGGCGAGCGCUUUGCUGAUGUCAACGUUGUGAACAGAGUGCCCCAUGGUGGGGUUAUGGUAUGGGCAGGCAAAAGCUACGAACAACAAACAAUUGCAUUUUAUCAAUGGCAAUUUGAAUGCACAGCGAUAGUGACGAGAUCCUGAGGCCCAUUGUCGUGCCAUCCAUCUGCCGCAUCACCUCAUGUUUUAACAUGAUAAUGUACAGCCCCAUGUCGCAAGGAUCUGUACAGAAUUCCUGGAAGCUGAAAAUGUCCCAAUUCUUCCAUGGCCUGCAUACUCACCAGACAUGUCACCCAUUGAGCAUGUCUGGGAUGCUCUGGAUCGACGUGUACUACAGCAUGUUCCAGUUUCCGCCAAUAUCCAGGAACUUUUGCACAGCCAUUGAAGAGGAGUGGGACAACAUUCCACAGGCCACAAUCAACAGCCUGAUCAACUCUAUGCGAAGGAGAUGUCGCGCUGCAUGAGGCAAAUGGUGUUCACACCGGUUACUGACUGGUUUUCUGAUCCACUCCCCUUACCUUUUUUUUAAGGUAUCUUUGACCAAUAGAUGCAUACAGUGGGGAGAACAAGUAUUUGAUACACUGCCAAUUUUUUGCAAGUUUUCCUACUUACAAAGCAUAUAGAGGUCUGUAAUUUUUAUCAUAGGUACACUUCAACUGUGAGAGACGGAAUCUAAAACAAAAAUCCAGAAAAUCACAUUGAAUGAUUUUUAAGUAAUUAAUUUGCAUUUUAUUGCAUGACAUAAGUAUUUGAUCACCUACCAACCAGUAAGAAUUCCAGCUCUCACAGACCUGUUAGUUUUUCCUUAAGAAGCCCUCCUGUUCUCCACUCAUUACCUGUAUUAACUGCACCUGUUUGAACUCAUUACCUGUAUAAAAGACACCUGUCCACACACUCAAUCAAACAGACUCCAACCUCUCCACAAUGGCCAAGACCAGAGAGCUGUGUAAGGACAUCAGGGAUAAAAUUGUAGACCUGCACAAGGCUGGGAUGGGCUACAGGACAAUAGGCAAGCAGCUUGGUGAGAAGGCAACAACUGUUGCUGCUAUUAUUAGAAAAUGGAAGAAGUUCAAGAUGACGGUCAAUCACCCUCGGUCUGGGGCUCCAUGCAAGAUCUCACCUCGUGGGGCAUCAAUGAUCAUGAGGAAGGUGAGGGAUCAGCCCAGAACUACACGGCAGGACCUGGUCAAUGACCUGAAGAGAGCUGGGACCACAGUCUCAAAGAAAACCAUUAGUAACACACUAUGCCGUCAUGGAUUAAAAUCCUGCAGAGCACGCAAGGUCCCCCUGCUCAAGCCAGCGCAUGUCCAGGCCCGUCUGAUGUUUGCCAAUGACCAUCUGGAUGAUCCAGAGGAGGAAUGGGAAAAGGUCAUGUGGUCUAAUGAGACAAAAAUAGAGCUUUUUGGUCUAAACUCCACUCGCCGUGUUUGGAGGAAGAAGAAGGAUGAGUACAACCCCAAGAACACCAUCCCAACUGUGAAGCAUGGAGGUGGAAACAUCAUUCUUUGGGGAUGCUUUUCUGCAAAGGGGACAGGACGACUGCACCGUACUGAGGGGAGGAUGGAUGGGGCCAUGUAUCGCGAUAUCUUGGCCAACAACAACCUUCCCUCAGUAAGAGCAUUGAAGAUGGGUCGUGGCUGGGUCUUCCAGCAUGACAACGACCUGAAAAACACAGCCAGGGCAACUAAGGAGUGGCUCCGUAUGAAGCAUCUCAAUCUCCUGGAGUGGCCUAGCCAGUCUCCAGACCUGAACCCAAUAGAAAAUCUUUGGAGGGAGCUGAAAGUCCGUAUUGCCCAGCGACAGCCCCGAAACCUGAAAGAUCUGGAGAAGGUCUGUAUGGAGGAGUGGGCCAAAAUCCCUGCUGCAGUGUGUGCAAACCUGGUCAAGACCUACAGGAAACGUAUGAUCUCUGUAAUUGCAAACAAAGGUUUCUGUACCAAAUAUUAAGUUCUGCUUUUCUGAUGUAUCAAAUACUUAUGUCAUGCAAUAAAAUGCAAAUUAAUUACUUAAAAAUCAUACAAUUUGAUUUUCUGGAUUUUUCUUUUAGAUUCCAUCUCUGGAUUUUUCUUUUAGAUUCCAUCUCUCACAGUUGAAGUGUACCUAUGAUAAAAAUUACAGAACUCUACAUGCUUUGUAAGUAGGAAAACCUGCAAAAUCAGCAGUGUAUCAAAUAGUUGUUCUCCCCACUGUAUCUGUAUUCCCAGUCAUCUGAAAUCCAUAGAUUUGUCCCUAAUGAAUUUAUUUCAACUGACUGGUUUCCUUAUAUGAACUGUAACUCAGUAAAAUAUUUGAAAUUGUUGCAUGUUACAUUUUUAUUCAGUAUAUUUAGCAGUCUUAUGGCUUGGGGGUAGACGCUGUUCAGGGUCCUUUUUGUUCCAGACUUGGUGCAUCAGUACCGCUUCCUGUGCUGUAUCAGAGAAAACAGUUUCUGACUUGGGUGGCUGGAGUCUGACAAUUUUUAGGGCCUUCUUCUGAUUCCGCCUAGUAUGGAGUUCCUGGAUGGCAGGGAGCUCAGCCCCAGUGAGGUACGCACUACCCUCUUUAGUGCCUUGCGGUCAGAUGCCAAGCAGUUGCCAUACCAAGCGGUGAUGCAGCUAGUCAAGAUGGUCUCAAUGGUGCAGCUGUAUAACUUUUUGAGGAUCUGAGGGCCCAUGCUAAUCUUUUCAGCCUCCUGAGGGGGAAGAGGCAUUGUCGUGCCUUCUUCACGACUGUGUUGGUGUGUGUGGACCAUGUUAAUUCAUUAGUGAUGUGGACGCCGAGGAACUUGAAGCUCUUGACCCGCUCCAACUACAGCUCUGUCGAUGAGGAUGGGGGCGUGCUCGGCCCUCUGUUUCCUGUAGUCCACGAUCAGCUCCUUUUGUCUUGCUGACGUUGAGGUCACUGACCGGUCACUACCCUAUAGGCUGUCUCAUGGUCGUCGGUGAUCAGGCCAACCACCGUCAGCAAACUUAAUGAUGGUGUUGGAGUCGUGCACAUCCACACAGUCGUGGGUGAACAGGAAGGGACUAAGCAUGCACCCCCAUGUUGAGGGUCAGCAUGGCAGAUGUGUUGUUGCCUACCCUCGCCACCUGGGGGCUUCCCAUCAGGAAGACCAGGAUCCAGUUGCAUAGGGAGAUGUUCAGUCCCAUGGUCCUGAGCUUAGUGAUGAACUUGGAGGGCACUAUGGUGUUGAACGCUGAGUUAAAGUCAAUAAACAGCAUUCUCAAAUAGGUGUUCCUCUUGUCCAGGUGGGAGAGGGCAGUAUGGAGCGGAUUAGAUUCCGUCGUCUGUGGAUCUGUUGGGGAGGUAUUUCUUUAUUUUCUAAGCUAUAGCACACACUAUUUUACAUACAGACGGUUUUUAAAGGUCCAAAUAGGUCUGCUUUGUGUGUUUAUUUUUGCCAUGGAAAAAAUAUUGCAAUACUGGUAUCGUCACAGCCCAAGUCACACCUCUGGUGCUCUGUGGGUUGGGUUGACAUAAACAUGCAGAGAUGAGUGAACGUCAACUGUCUGGCGUGGGAGAACGUCAACUGUCUGGCUUGGGAGAACGUCAACUCGACCUGCACUGCAACAGAGAAGACACCAAUAUUGAGAUGAGACUGUCAACUUAAACCAUAAGUCCUACAUGACACAGAACAUUAGGCCUACAAUACUGUAUCUCUAUGCCGGGACAAAAAACAACAAACUGUCAUCCAAUUAACUCCUGCACAUAUGUUUUCAUCUCACCAUGUUUGCCAACCCCUCCCAGGUUCUCCUGGCUGGUCUAAUGUCAGUGUGUGUCUCCAGGCAGGAUCUCAGUUGGAGCUGCUGAAUGAGGAGGAAACUUCCCAUGGGCCUCUCCUCCAGGCUUGUCUGCACACCCUGGCCCUCAUCUACACCUCCCUGUUGGCCAAGAACCCCCUCCGUAGGGCCAGCGCCAGGUACACCUCUCUCCUCACCACCUCUUCCUCAGUCUCUGGCCCUGGAGAGCUACAGGGUGUGCAGGCUUUUGUUCCAGCCCAGCACAACCACAACUGAUUCAACUAUGCAACUGCUGAUCCACACCUUAAUGAGUUGAACAGGUGUGUUAGUGCUGGGUUGGAAGUGGAACAAAAGCCUACACAUUCAGGACCAAGGAUUGUGAACACUGCUCUACUGUUUUUUUAAAAAGUAGACUAGCAAACGUUAUAGAAUCGCUACAAUAACGUAAACACUGAAUCUACAUGUUCUCUCUCUGCAGUGCCCUUAGCUCUGUACCAGACUGGCUGCAGGAGCAGACUGUCAGCUGUCUGUCCGUGUGUCUGUCAGACUGUCUGUCCACUGUGGGCUCAGACCACACCUCAUACCCACACAUGAUAGACUCUAUCACAUCCUGCCUAGAUGCCUUCCCUCUCGGUACAUAUGGAAUCUCCUCAUUUAGACUGUCUCUUGUGUUUGGUAUAAUUUGAAUAAGAUACACUUUAUCCAUAGUUCAUUAUAUACCGAAUGCUCUAUUGCCUUUCAGGUGAGAGGUGUAUACACGGUCUGCUAGCAGAGGGUGAGUGAUUUGUUUAUCUUCAGGUUUUUAUCAAACCUGCUCAGGAUGGUGAGCUCAAACACAGAAACAUAGUUAAUUGAUGUCUUUGGGAUAAUAUGCCUCUCCUUCUGUUCUUCUCUCCAGUGUUACAGUUCCUCCAUAAGGCCUUGAGUGAAUACCUCCAACUAAACAGGUAAGACAGCCUGUGCUUCUAAAUCCUGGUCGUCGUGACCCACAGCACGGCAGGCCUUUGUUCGAGAACGGUACUAAAACACCCGAUUCAACUAAUACAGGACUUCAUUAGUUGAUUUAGUGUUAGUGCUGGGCUAAAACAAAAGCCUGCACCCACCCACAAGUAUCAGGAUUGAAAAAUGUGUAGCGUGUGGCCUCUUACUGACUGGUGUGUGUUUGUCGCCCCCUGCUGUCUCCUCAGUGGUCUAGCAGGUCGCCAUGUGGUCCAGGCCCAGCUCAUGCACUCGUGUCUGGCUGCGGUCAAGGCCUCCAUGCUGGUGGUGCAGAGGUCCCAGGAGCUCAUCAGUGCCGCCCUACAGGCUGUCCAACCUCACUGCACCCUGCAGCUGACCCUCAGUGGCCUACUGGAUUGCUACACACACAUCCUCACAGAUGGUGAGGACCAUGUUACACCAGGGGUUUAUUCACUAGGAACCAAACGGAAGCCAACAGAACGAAACGAGGAGGGACCUACCUGAAUUUUUCCAAUAGGAACUCUCGUUUUUGUUGCAAAACAUUGUCCGUUUGGAGUAAACAGUUUCUGUUUUGCAAAACGUUUUGCAACUGUUUGCUAUGGCUUGGUCUGAAUGAAUACACCCCUGGUUACUCAACAUCAGCUCAUAAAGUCUGGGCACUGAGCAUGUAAGUAAUGAGUGGGCUCCCCCCGACUCUUUCCAUAUAUCUCUCUCCUUAUCUCCCCUCUCUGUCUCGUCUGUUCUCUCUUUCCCCUCCGCUAGAGGAGUUUCUACAGUCUGUCCAGAGCACGGCUGGCAUGGCAGUGGUCCUGCUGACCAGAUCUGUCAUGGGGAGUGGAGAUCGAAUGGCCGAAGUGGUGAGUGACCACUACACCCAAUACACUCACAAAUACCCUGAAUGAUUCCAUUUGCAUUGGAUUCUUUUUGGUUGUUCAGUGAUACUAGUAAUGGCCAUGAUGUUGAAUUAUGGAACUUUUUGUCUGUGUCUCUUUCUGUAUGUUUUUCUGUCUCUGUCCAUCUGCCUGUCCAGGUGUCAGGUCUCCUGCAAGGUUCAGAGCAGAGUGGUGAGUGCGCCCCCGUGUGGCUGAGACAGAGCUGUAUGGGGCUGUAUGACAGUGGUCGUCCUGCGGGGGUGUCCCUCUACCUGUGUCAUGGGGCCCUGGCUAUGCUAAACUGGAGAGGGACAACCCAGGGGCCACAGAGGGAACAGCUGUUGCUGCUGGUUCCCCACACACUGCUGGCGCUGGACACCAGGUUAGUGACACAUAUGCACGCAGGAGCUAGCACGCUGACACGCCACACAGACACGCAUGUACAGUGAGGGAAAAAAGUAUUUGAUCCCCUACUGAUUUUGUACGUUUGCCCACUGACAAAGACAUGAUCAGUAUAUAAUUUUAAUGGUAGGUUUAUUUGAAGAGUGAGAGACAGAAUAACAAACAAAAAAUCCAGAAAAACGCAUGUCAAAAAUGUUAUAAAUUGAUUUGCAUUUUAAUGAGGGAAAUAAGUAUUUGACCCCUCUGCAAAACAUGACUUAGUACUUGGUGUCAAAACCCUUGUUGGCAAUCACAGAGGUCAGACGUUUCUUGUAGUUGGCCACCAGGUUUGCACACAUCUCAGGAGGGAUUUUGUUCCACUCCUCUUUGCAGAUCUUCUCCAAGUCAUUAAGGUUUCGAGGCUGACGUUUGGCAACUCGAACCUUCAGCUCCCUCCACAGAUUUUCUAUGGGAUUAAGGUCUGGAGACUGGCUAGGCCACUCCAGGACCUUAAUGUGCUUCUUCUUGAGCCACUCCUUUGUUGCCUUGGCCAUGUGUUUUGGGUCAUUGUCAUGCUGAAAUAACCAUCCACGACCCAUUUUCAAUGUCCUGGCUGAGGGAAGGAGGUUCUCACCCACGAUUUGACGGUACAUGGCCCCGUCCAUCGUCCCUUUGAUGCGGUGAAGUUGUCCUGUCCCCUUAGCAGAAAAACAUCCCCAAAGCAUAAUGUUUCCACCUCCAUGUUUGACGGUGGGGAUGGUGUUCUUGGGGUCAUAGUCAGCAUUCCUCCUCCUCCAAACACGACGAGUUGAGUUGAUGCCAAAGAGCUCGAUUUUGGUCUCAUCUGACCACAACACUUUCACCCAGUUCUCCUCUGAAUCAUUCAGAUGUUCAUUGGCAAACUUCAGACGGGCCUGUAUAUGUGCUUUCUUGAGCAGGGGGACCUUGCGGGCGCUGCAGGAUUUCAGUCCUUCACGGCGUAGUGUGUUACCAAUUGAUUUCUUGGUGACUAUGGUCCCAGCUGCCUUGAGAUCAUUGACAAGCUCCUCCUGUGUAGUUCUGGGCUGAUUCCUCACCAUUCUCAUGAUCAUUGCAACUCCACGAGGUGAGAUCUUGCAUGGAGCCCCAGGCCGAGGGAGAUUGACAGUUAUUUUGUGUUUCUUCCAUUUGCGUAUAAUCGCACCAACUGUUGUCACCUUCUCACCAAGCUGCUUGGCGAUGGUCUUGUAGCCCAUUCCAGCCUUGUGUAGGUCUACAAUCUUGUCCCUGACAUCCUUGGAGAGUUCUUUGGUCUUGGCCAUUGUGGAGAGUUUGGAAUCUGAUUGAUUGAUUGCUUCUGUGGACAGGUGUCUUUUAUACAGGUAACAAGCUGAGAUUAGGAGCACUCCCUUUAAGAGUGUGCUCCUAAUCUCAGCUCGUUACCUGUAUAAAAGACCCCUGGGAGCCAGAAAUCGUUCUGAUUGAGAGGGGGUCAAAUACUUUUUUCCCUCACUGUAUGCACACAAACACACACUUGUGCGAUUACUUCCACCCAAAUGGUUGUCAUUUUGGUUGACUAUUGUUCAGUCUGUGUCCAUCUCUCUCUCUGUGUGUGUGUCUGCAUGCGUACACGUAUGUGUGUGUUUGUAGUAUAAAGGAGUCCAGCACAGCCAUGGUGGUAGCCCGCGUGCUGACCCUGUGGAGCGGAGCCGCCUUGGACAGCCUGCAGGGUGGGCAGUCCUCUCCACCAGACCUGCUUCACGACUCCCUCCGCGGGGGUUCAGAGCUCCAGGGGCACCUGCUGGAGCACGUCUACACCCACUGGGAGCACCCCUUGGAUGGGGUCCGCCACCAGACCCGCGCCCUCUUCAAGAACCUCCUCCUCCUGCACCAGCACAGCAACCCUCUAGCCCUUUCUGACCCCCAUAGGGACCCAUACAUCACCCAGCUAACCCACAACCUGCUGGGCCUGGAGUGGCACCAGAGAGGGAAGUAUGGCUCUCUGGCCUGCCUGGUUGGAGCUCCUAGGGGCAGGGUACCUGUUGGCUCUGGACCCCCAGCUGCCCUCACGUCUCCUGGGCUUGAUGGGGGACCAGACACUGGCACCUUACGCUAGCGACCUGCUAGAGAGGCUGUUUGUCAGUCACAAGGCCCAGCUGGUUGAGGAAGGUGGCACAGGGGGCACAGAGGCGGGCAUGGAGAGGUGGCACCAGACCUGGGUGACCCCCCUGCUUCAGGUGCUGUGUAGAGCCAGGCUGGACCAGACCACCUAUAUCCUGGACUAUUUCCUUCCCAAGCUUCUGCGCUGCUCCCCCUCCAGUCUGGCCCACAUGGUACAGGCCCUACAGGACACACCACCCUGCAGCGCAGGUAGAUAUAAAUGUACACGCACACAAUCAUGCAUACAUACCAGGGUCGCGUUAACGCAGGAUUCUGCGUUUUUCAUGCAGAUGGGGAAAAAAUAUCUUGCAGCGUUUUGUAAGCGCAGAUAUAAAAUGCUUCUUAUUGUAAAUUCUACUCGGCUUCAGUCAGGGUUAACUCCAAAUCAGGAAUGUAAAAGGACUAAUUUCGUGAUUCAGUUGCACUUCUCCACUCAGAUUAAAUAUAUUUGCUCUCAUCAUUGUAGUUUUUCUCCCGUAGCAAGUUAAAAUGCAAUUACAGUACCAGUCAAAGGUUUGGACACCUACUCAUUCAAGGGUUUUUCUUUAUUUGUACUGAAGACAUCAAAACUAUGAAAAAACACAUGGAAUCAUGUAGUAACCAAAAUGUUAGUGUUAAAAUAGCCACCCUUUGCCUUCAUGACAGCUUUGCACACGCUUGGCAUUCUCUCAACCAGCUUCACCUGGAAUGCUUUUACAACAGUCUUGAAGGAGUUUCCACAUACAAUGGGGGAAAAAAGUAUUUAGUCAGCCUUCAAUUGUGCAAGUUCUCCCACUUAAAAAGAUGAGAGAGGCCUGUAAUUUUCAUCAUAGGUACGCGUCAACUAUGACAGACAAAAUGAGAAAAAAAAAUCCAGAAAAUCACAUUGUAGGAUUUUUUAUGAAUUUUAUUUGCAAAUUAUGGUGGAAAAUAAGUAUUUGGUCAAUAAAAAAAGUUUCUCAAUACUUUGUUAUAUACCCUUUGUUGGCAAUGACAAUCAAAUUUUAUUGGUCACAUGCGCCGAAUACAACAGGUGCAGACAUUACAGUGAAAUGCUUACUUACAGCCCUUAACCAACAGUGCAUUUAUUUUAAACAAAAAAAGUAAGAAUAAAACAACAACAAAAAAAGUGUUGAGAAAAAAAGAGCAGAAGUAAAAUAAAGUGACAGUAGGGAGGCUAUAUAUACAGUAAAAUAAAGUGACAGUAGGGAGGCUAUAUAUACAGGGGGGUACCGUUGCAGAGUCAAUGUGCGGGGGCACCGGCUAGUUGAGGUAAUAUGUACAUGUGGGUAGAGUUAAAGUGACUAUGCAUAAAUACUUAACAGAGUAGCAGCAGCGUAAAAAGGAUGGGGUGGGGGGGCAGUGCAAAUAGUCCGGGUAGCCAUGAUUAGCUGUUCAGGAGUCUUAUGGCUUGGGGGUAGAAGCUGUUGAGAAGUCUUUUGGACCUAGACUUGGCACUCCGGUACCGCUUGCCGUGCGGUAGCAGAGAGAACAGUCUAUGACUAGGUCAAACGUUUUCUGUAAGUCUUCACAAGGUUUUCACACACUGUUGCUGGUAUUUUGGCCCAUUCCUCCAUGCAGAUCUCCUCUAGAGCAGUGAUGUUUUGGGGCUGUCGCUGGGCAACGCAGACUUUCAAUUCCCUCCAAAGAUUUUCUAUGGGGUUGAGAUCUGGAGACUGGCUAGGCCACUCCAGGACCUUGAAAUGCUUCUUACGAAGCCACUCCUUCGUUGCCCGGGCGGUGUGUUUGGGAUCAUUGUCAUGCUGAAAGACCCAGCCACAUUUCAUCUUCAAUGCCCUUGCUGAUGGAAGGAAAAUUCUCACGAUACAUGGCCCCAUUCAUUCUUUCCUUUACACGGAUCAGUCGUCCUGGUCCCUUUGCAGAAAAACAGCCCCAAAGCAUGAUGUUUCCACCCCCAUGCUUCACAGUAGGUAUGGUGUUCUUUGGAUGCAACUCAGCAUUCUUUGUCCUCCAAACACGACGAGUUGAGUUUUUACCAAAAAGUUCUAUUUUGGUUUCAUCUGACCAUAUGACAUUCUCCCAAUCCUCUUCUGGAUCAUCCAAAUGCACUCUAGCAAACUUCAGACGGGCCUGGACAUGUACUGGCUUAAGCAGGGGGACACGUCUGGCACUGCAGGAUUUGAGUCCCUGGCGGCGUAGUGUGUUACUGAUGGUAGGCUUUGUUACUUUGGUCCCAGCUCUCUGCAGGUCAUUCACUAGGUCCCCCCGUGUGGUUCUGGGAUUUUUGCUCACCGUUCUUGUGAUCAUUUUGACCCCACGGGGUGAGAUCUUGCGUGGAGCCCCAGAUCGAGGGAGAUUAUCAGUGGUCUUGUAUGUCUUCCAUUUCCUAAUAAUUGCUCCCACAGUUGAUUUCUUCAAACCAAAGCUGCUUACCUAUUGCAGAUUCAGUCUUCCCAGCCUGGUGCAGGUCUACAAUUUUGUUUCUAGUGUCCUUUGACAGCUCUUUGGUCUUGGCCAUAGUGGAGUUUGGAGUGUGACUGUUUGAGGUUGUGGACAGGUGUCUUUUAUACUGAUAAAGUUCAAACAGGUGCCAUUAAUACAGGUAACGAGUGGAGGACAGAGGAGCCUCUUAAAGAAGACGUUACAGGUCUGUGAGAGCCAGAAAUCUUGCUUGUUUGUAGGUGACCAAAUACUUAUUUUCCACCAUAAUUUGCAAAUAAUUUCAUUAAAAAUCCUACAAUGUGAUUUUCUGGAAAUAAUUUUCUCAAUUUGUCUGUCAUAGUUGACCUGUACCUAUGAUGAAAAUUACAGGCCUCUCUCAUCUUUUUAAGUGGGAGAACUUGCACAAUUGGUGGCUGACUAAAUACUUUUUUUCCCCACUGUAUGCUGACCACUUGUUGGCUGAUUUUCCUUAACUCUGCGGUCCGACUCAUCCCAAACCAUCUCAAUUGGAUUGAUCGUGGGAUUGUGGAUGCCAGGUCAUCUGAUGCAGCAUUCCUUCACUCUCCUUCUUGGUCAAAUAGCCCUUACAUAGCCUGGUGGUGUGUUGAGUCAUUGUCCUGUUGAAAAACAAAUGAUAGUCCCACUAAGCCCAAACCAGAUGGAUGGCGUAUUGCUGCAGAAUGCUGUGGUAGCCAUGCUGGUUAAGUGUGCCUUGAAUUCUAAAUAAAUCACAAACAAUGUCACCAGCAAAGCACCCCCACACAAUAACACCUCCUCCUCCUCCAUGCUUUACGGUGGGAACUACACAUGUGGAGAUCACAAAGACACUGCGGUUGGAACCAAAAAUAUCCAAUUUGGCUCCAGACCAAAUAACACAUUUCCACUGGUCUAAUGUCCAUUGCUCGUGUUUCUUGGCCCAAGCGGGUCUCUUCUUCUUAUUCGUGUCCUUUAGUAGUGGUUUCUUUGCAGCAAUUCGACCAUGAAGACCUGAUUCACACAGUCCCCUAUGAACAGUUGAUGUUGAGAUGUGUCUGUUACUUGAACUCUGUGAAGCUUUUAUUUGGGCUGCAAUUUCUGAGGCUGGUAACUCUAAUUAUCAUCUGCAGCAGAGGUAACUCUGGGUCUUCCAUUGGUGUGGCGGUCCUUAUGAGUGCCAGUUUCAUCAUAGCGCUUGAUGGUUUUUGCGACUGCACUUGAAAAAACUUUCAAAGUUCUUGAUAUAUUCAGUGUUGACUGACCUUCAUGUCUUAAAGUAAUGAUGGACUGUUGUUUCUCUUUGCUUAUUUGAGCUGUUCUUGCCAUAAUAUGGACUUGGUCUUUUACCAAAUAGGGCUAUCUUCUGUAUACCCCCCUACCUUGUCACAACACAACUGAUUGGCUCAAACACAUUAAGAAGGAAAGAAAUUCCAUAAAUCAACUUUUAUGAAGGCACACCUGUUAAUUGAAAUCCAUUCCAGGUGACUACCUCAUGAAGCUGGUUGAGAGAAUGCCAAGAGUGUGCAAAGCUGUCAUCAAGGCAAAUGGUGGCUACUUUGAAGAAUCUCAAAUAUAAAAUAUAUUUUGAUUUGUUUAACACAUUUUUGGUUACUACAUGAUUCCAUUGGUGUUUAUUUCAUAGUUUUGAUGUCUUCACUAUUAUUCUACAAUGUAAAAAUAAAGAAAAACCCUUGAAUGAGUAGGUGUGUUCAAACUUUUGACUGGUAGUGUAACUAUAAGCAAAACAUUAGGAAAUGUAGCUGGCUAAAUUCUUUCUAUGGUAAACAUUAGAAAUAUGACGGCCAUUCAUAGUUUUUGCAAAAAAUACCUUUGUUUUUCAUUAAGUACAUUUAUGUAUGGCUGGUAGCCAAAUAGCAUUGCACAUCUGAUGAAAAAGAUUUUCUGUGCUAAUGUAUUUUGUGUGAAGGAAAACUAGUUGCACGGCCCUUCACUCUGUUGAAGACAAAAAACAUUGACUGUCAGUAUGAAACGCAGCUGAAGUGGUUUAAAUGUAAUUAUAGUUUUUGUUUUCUUUCACGAUAUGACAAUGCAAUUGAAUUACAUUUAGCACUAAACAAUAACUUGACAGACAUGAAUUUGCACAAAAUUCAAGAAACCCGUUUUCGCUUUGUCAUUAUGGGGUAUUGUGUUUAGAUUGCUGAGGAAUUUUUAUUUAUUUAAUCCAUUUUAGAAUAAGGCUGUAACGUAACAAAAUGUAACGUAACAAAAUACAGAAAUACCUUAAAUAAGUUUUCAGACCCAUUGCUAUGAGACUCGAAAUUGAGCUCCAGUGCAUCCGGUUUCCAUUGAUCAUCCUUGAUGUUUCUACAACUUGGAGUCCACCUGUGGUAAAUUCAAUUGAUUGGACAUGAUUUGGAAAGACACACACCUGUCUAUAUAAGUUCCCACAGUUGACAGUGCAUGUCAGAGCAAAAACCAAGCCAUGAGGUCGAAGGAAUUGUCCGUAGAGCUCCGAGACGACAGGAUUGUGUCGGCACAGAUCUGGGGAAGGGUACCAAAACAUUUCUGCUGAUUGAAGGUCCCCAAGAACACAGUGGCCUCCAUGAUUCUUAAAUGGAAGAAGUUUGGAACCACAAAGACACUUCCUAGAGCUGGCCGCCCGGCCAAACUGAACAAUCGGGGGAGAAGGUCCUUGGUCAGGGAGGUGACCAAGAACCAGAUGGUCACUCUGAAAGAGCUCCUGAGUUCCUCUGUGGAGAUGGGAGAACCUUCCAGAAGGACAACCAUCUCUGCAGCACUCCACCAAUCAGGCCUUUAUGGUAGAGUGGCCUGACGGAAGCCACUCCUCAGUAAAAGGCACAUGAAGACGCUUAGAGAUUGCCAAAAGGCACCUAAAGACUCUGACCAUGCGAAACAAGAUUCUCUGGUCUGAUGAAACCAAGAUUGAAUUCUGUGGCCUGAAUGCCAAGCGUCAUGUCUGGACGAAACCUGGCUCCAUCCCUGCUGUGAAGCAUGGUGGUGGCAGCAUCAUGCUGUGGGAAUGUUUUUCAGCGGCAGAGACUGGGAGACUCGUCAGGGUCGAGGGGAAAGAUGAACGGAGCAAAGUACAGAGAGAUCCUUGAUGAAGACCUGCUCCAGAGCACUCAGGACCUCAGACUGGGUUGAAGGUUCACCUUCCCACAGAACAAUGACACUAAGCACACAGCCAAGAAAACGCAGGAGAGGCUUCGGAACAAGUCUCUGAAUGUCCUUGAGUGGCCCAGCCAGAGCCCGGACUUGAACCCGAUCGAACAUCUCUGGAGAGACCUGAAAAGAGCUGUGCAACGACGCUCCCCAUCCAACCUGACAGAGCUUGAGAGGAUCUGCAAAGAACAAUGGGAGAAACUCCCCAAAUACAGAGGACUUGAGGCUGUAAUCGCUGCCAAAGGUGCUUCAACAAAGUACUGAGUAAAGGGUCUGAAUACUUAUGUAAACAUGUCUACCUAACUGUUUUUGCUUUGUCAUAUAAAUAAAUAAUAUGCCAUUUAGCAGACGCUUUUAUCCAAAGUGACUUAGUCAUGCGUGCAUACAUUUUUGUGUAUGGGUGGUCCCGGGGAUCGAACCCACUACCCUGGCGUUACAAGCGCCGUGCUCUACCAGCUGAUCUACAGAGGACACACAUUAUGGGGUAUUGUGUGUCGAUAGAUUCGUUUUUUUAUUUAUUUAAUCCAUUUAAGAAUUUGGCUGUAAUGUAACUAAGUGUGGAAAAGUCAAGGGGUCUGAAUACUUUCUGAAUGCACUGUAUGUCUGUAGUCUAUCAGACCAUUACAUAUUGUUUUCUCUUUCUAUCUCUGAGAGAAAAUGUCCCUAGACGUCAGAAAAGUUAUCGAGGUUACCAUUCAUUAAAAAAAUCGAUCUUUCAUGUGAAGCUGUUUCUGCAAAGGCUAUGUAGCAUUCCUUAUAUGAGGGCGGGUCCUUCUCCCUCAGUGUCUCAAUAUGACUAUUUUGGCUGAAACAGAUUUUUUGAUGGUCUGCAUUUUGAAAAUGCACAUUUCUGAAAUCUAAUGUGAAUCGUGCGUACACCUCCCUAUAUAUACAAAAUGUAAAAAUGUUAUGACACAUUUAUGUAAUUUCUAUCAUGGUGUGUGUGUGUAGGACCUCCGGGCAGUAGGGGUGCUGUGGGGGCUCUGAUGACGUGUCUGCGUGCAGCACGGGCCCAGGGGGUGGUCCAGUCAGAGGAGGGGCUGUGGGGGGGACUAGUACCCCUCUUUCUGCUCCGUCAGGCUCUGGUUCACAAACACGACCAGGUGAGGAGAGAACUCUGUGUGUGUAUGUAUAUACUGUGUGUGUGUGGGGGUGUGUGUGUGUGUGCUAAUGACGACAUUCUUUGUCUUCUCAGGUGCGAAUGGACGCGCUUGGGUUAUUGUGCGAGAGUCAUCGUAGCACAGAGGUUCUGACCUCGCAGGAAAUGGAGCUGCUUCAUCACUUCCUGCCCUCCAGUCUGAGCAGCCAAUCACCAGGAGUCAGGCAGCUGACCAUCAGCCUGCUCAAAAAGGUCAGACACACACUGCUUUUUUGAUCCAGUAUUGUUUUAUAAAUUAAUGGGCUUUGCAGAGACCCAGAUUGAGAUUAAGUAUGCUCAUGGACUAAAGCACUUUCAAUGAAUUGCCCAUUCAAAGUUCUUUUUAGUCAAGGAGCAGACUGACAAGUAGAUAUCUAUUGAUUUCUGUGUGUGUUUAGCUCCUGUGCAGAGUGAAGGAUAGUGGUCAGUCAUUGCAGAGGAGGCUGGUCCAGGAGAGAGACCAGGGACAGAAGGACAGAGACCAACACACCCUGGACACAUACAAGGUACACUAUGAUAAUGGACUGAAUUAUAUAGGGCUCAAAGAUCUGUACCAUGUAUCCUAAGUGGGGAAGACACUGAGGAGAAUGGGAAUGUUUGGGGAGAUGGGAGGUAGAGUUUUUACAAAACUGCUCUGUAUCCAACGUGUGUGCGAAUGUCUGUGUGUGAAUGUGUGAUCAGGAGUUCCUGUGCUGGCUGUGUGAGAGCCUGUUCAUGGUGCUUCUCCCCGGGGCCUCCUUCUCCACCUGUCUGACAGCCCUCCACCUGCUGUGCCAGCUGGCCCAACUCUUCACCUUCAACACUGGUACUGUACACACACGCACACACACUUACUUUACAUCAUUUUCAUCAUCAAUUACCACUCCAUCAUUAUCAUUCUUAUCAACUGUAAUCAUACACAUUCUCGCUCUCUCUCCUCUCUCUCAGGGCCUGAUGAUGUGUUUGCUCUGGGAGAGGUGGUGACUCCUGCACAUGCACAGAAUGUCCUCUACUGCGUCGCCAGCAACUUCCUGGAGGUCAAGCAGCUGGCCUCUACGUUGCUACGGCAACUCCCUCCAUCUGCUGUGGGGCUGCAGGUUAGUGAGACAAGCUUUGAUGGUUCCAUAGACCUGCCCUUGGUCACUCUACAUACAUAGUCAUGUACUCUAUGGUAUAUCUCACUUACUUUAGGAACACACAACAUAUACACCUUCAUAUUGCAGUGAACAUCAUUAAGUUUGCCGACGACACAACAGUGGUAGGCCUGAUCACCGACAACGAUGAGACAGUCUAUAGGGAGGAGGUCAGAGACCUGGCUGUGUGGUGCUAGGAUAACAAACCUCUCCUCAACGUGAUCAAGACAAAGGAGAUGAUUGUGGACUACAGGGGGAGAAAAAGAGGACUGAGCACGCCCCCAUUCUCAUCGGCUUGUAUGAAAGGGAGAGCUCAACUGGUGUCAUAUCACCACAAACUAUCAUGACACACCAAGACAGUCUGAGAGGCACGACAAGCCUAUCCCUCCAGAAACUGAAAAUUGGCAUGGGUCUUCUCAAAAAGAUUACAGCUGCACCAUCGAGGCACCGACUGGUUGCAUCUGUUGGCAACGCUGCCUCUGACCGCAAGGCAUACGGGGUAGAGCGCCCAGUAAUCACUGGGGCCAGCUCCUGCCACAGGACCUAUCAGGCGGUGUCAGAGAAGCCUCACAAUUGUAGGUCCACCUAGCAUAGACGUUUUUCUGCUUACCGCACGGCAAGCGCUCAAGUUCAAGUGUAGUCAAAGGCUUCUCAACACCCCCAAGCCAUAAGACUCCUGAACAGCUAAUCAAAUGGCUACCGACUAUUGCUUGCCCCCCCACCCCCCCCCCCCCACUUUUUGCUGUCUAUAUAAAGCCAUUAGCGCGCUUUUAUCCAAACGCACCCACAAGCGCCAUGCUCUACCAAUUGAGCUACAGAGGACACUAACUCUACCCACAUGUACAUAUUACCUAAAUUACCUCGACUAACUGGUGCCCCCGCAUAUUAAUCUGUACCGGUACCCCCUGUACAUAGCCUCCCUACUGUUAUUUUAUUUUACUGCUGCUCUUUAAUUAUUUGCUAUUUUUAUUUUUUACUUAUCUAUUUUUUUACUUAACACUUUUUUUUCUUUUCUUAAAACUGCAUUGUUGGUUAAGGGCUUGUAAGUAAGUAUUUCACUGUAAGGUCUACACCUGUUGUAUUCGGCGCAUGUGGCAAAUAAAAUUGUAUUUUAUUUGAACUUGGUAGUGGGACAUGAACCUGUAACUAAGCUCAAGCCUGGAUUGUGCCAGCAUGGCCUAAUUGCUACAACAUGUGCCCAGAAUCUUGAAACUUAGAGCUCCUGGUUUAAUCGAAGAGUUGGUAGACUGGAGAGCUUGAAUGUGUGUGUCAGAUUGAGGUUGUGGCGUAAUGAUGGCUGCUUUAUCCAUUACACUCCAUCCAUCCCUAUCCCUCCCGUAGGAGCCAGGCAGGAUGCAGGCUCUGCUCCAGGCAGCUCUGGACCUAAGCACCAGCACCAAGCCUUUUGACAGUGUCACGGCGGCCCACCUCUUCAACAUGUUCCUUCACCAGCCUGCCCUGCCCCAAGCCCUGUUGCUCUGUGCCCAGGAGCAGGGCCUCUCCUUCCAGCCUCCUGCUCUAACCCAGCCCCAGGCUUUUGAGGCCCUCACCAUGGAGAUCAACACUCUGGCAGGUAAUAGACUCUAGUUAUUUUCUUAAACUCAAAGCACUUUACAUUGUAUGGGGUUGCAUUGAAGUUAUUUUUACGCCAAAAGCGAACUACACCGGCUGUCAUUUUCCUCAGUUCACAGAUACUGCUCAGUGCUUGCAGUAAUUGACAUCACCAUGCUAUACUGCUAUGUGUGGUGUGAUUGUGUGUCAUAUUUAGUUUGUGUGUGUGUGUUUGUUUCAGUGGUGCAGUUCUUGUUGCUGUGUCUGAAGGCUGAGGUGGUGAAGGCAGAGUCGUCUCUCCUGCUGGCGGCAGCCUCCUACCCUCUCUACGGCCGAGCCCACUGUAUCACUGCUGCCUUACAGCAGCUCAACACUGGGUGAGGACACACACACAAACGCGCGCGCACACACACACUCACGUCCACUUUUGUCUUAGCCAGUCUGUGUGUAUUGUUUAUCCUGUUUGUUGGUGUGUGUCCAGGUGUCUGACUCUGACAGGCCAGUGGAGGAGUGUGGUGUCAGAGCUCAUCACGGUGUCCUAUAGGAUGUCUGACGUAG